GCAAUUAGUAGCAAGUGUGUCACUAUGUAGAGGAAAUACGCAGGAUCAGACCUUUCCUCUCGGAACAACACCCUGGACCUCCACAGGCCUUGCUGCAUGUCCAACCGGACCACAAGACAGCUCGAUUAAAACCAGAGGACACUGAAAAAAAGGUUUACUCUUCAUAUCGAGUUUUGGACGUGCUUUUUAUGUAUCAGAGAAAAGUUUUCCUGCCUGUUGGUCUUGCUACAGGUUUUUUUGCCCAUAAAGAGUAUGCCACUAUUUACUGAAACACUUGUUCGUUUCUAAGCUCGACUACUAUCUGCAACAUCAUCAAGGAGGUUGAGUCGCGCGCAUCGUAUUCGGCAACGAAAACGAAGCGUUUGAUUUAUUGAUCCUUUGGAGGAAUAUAUUUGAACCUCGGGACACUGACGAGGCUACAGCCGAGUGGACUUUCCUGCGGUUGGAUCCCUUUCCUACACCGAAGGAUCACGAAAUGAGCGUCUUGGGCUCUCUCGUGCAAGUUGUCGCUGCGGUCCUGACGCUGUCACGCGCUCAGUGUUCUCCCUCAACCACAAUAAACAGCACCUCUAAAGUAAUCCUGUUUCAGGAAGUGUGGGGGCGGAGUUUCUGCCGUACCAUAGAGAAGCUGGUUGAGGUUGUGCAGGAGUACCCUGGGGAGGUGGAGCACAUCUUCAGCCCCACCUGUGUGCCAUUGGUCCGCUGUGCUGGUUGCUGUGGAGAUGAGAACCUGGAGUGCCACCCCACGCUCACAGCCAACAUCACUAUGCAAUUAUUAAAGCUGAAACCAGCAGAGCAAGGUCGGGAGUAUGUAGAGAUGACCUUUGUGGAGCACAAAAGCUGUGAAUGUAGACUAAGAAAGCCCGCAGUGAAACACGACAGGCGGAGGCCAAAAGGACGGGGAAGGAAACGGAAGGAGAAACAGCGAGUAAAGGACUGCAAUGGGUGUCAGCCUCCUCGAAGAUAAACCCAGCUCUGCCCUGUCCUCUGCUCAUGCUGUGCAGCUAGCCACCACCCGCCCAUCCUGCUCUUAAUGGAUCCUGUGUCACCUCCACCGCCCAUGUCUGAGAUGAGGCACUGCCACAGUGACACGAAGGUCACACUAGCCACCAGGGGACAUUUCAUGUACCGGAACCGCCUGUUGUGAGGUGACACCCUCUGACAUGCUUCUGUUUGGAAGCACAGUGGGGAACCAAAUUCAAUGUCUGAAGUAGGAAUUAGUCUACAGGACACUGGCUAUAAUUUUCAAUAUGUAAUAAUAAUAAAAUAUUAUUGUUGUU